AUGAUUGAAAUUCAGAAUCUCAAUUUACUAGAAUGCCUGGAUUCUAAAAUGCAGGAAAUGGAAGAUUUCCUGAAGAAUAAUACAGAAUUGCCUGACCGAGAUAAUUUCUUACAACUCUUAGAAAUUGCGAAGACAAAUAUGAAAACCAUUAAUAGUGUUGUUGAAGAAAAUCAAAGAAUUUUGGGCGAAAUCCAAGAAUUGCAGCAAUAUCUAAACGAAAUUAAGUCAAGAAAUAGACCUCAGAUUUCUUAG